AUGUCCGCUCAGAACUCCGCAGGCAUUCAGACCCUCCUCGAUGCCGAGAGGGAGGCUCAGAAGAUUGUCCAACAAGCCAGAGAAUACCGCACGAAGCGCAUAAGGGAGGCAAAGUCCGAAGCACAGAAGGAGAUUGAGGAGUACAGAAAGCAAAAGGAAGAGGAGUUCAAGAAGUUCGAGGCUGAGCACUCGAGCGGAUACAAGAAGGCCGAGGAGGAUGCGAACAAGGAGGCUGAGGUGAAGCUCCAGGAAAUCAAGGAUGCUGGCAACGAGAGAGGUGGAAAGGUUAUUGAGACUCUUAUCCAUGCGCUGGUCGAUGUGAAGCCCGAGCCGUCCGAGAAGAUCGUGAUCAAGGCAUAG